CUGAGGCUGCUCCUUCCCCGCUCGGGGAGACAGUGAGGCGCAGGCGGCACAGGGAGCGGAACAAAAGGAGCUGAAUGUUGGUUCCACCGGGACUCGGUGCCCGCCGGUGCCACCACCAUGUGAUCCGUCUUCCCCCCGAGACUUCUCUGUCAGCCAAUCAGCAUGGAGACUGAGCAGCAAGCCACGCCCCCGCCGCCCUCCAGCAGCUCCAGCAGCCGCCCUCCUCCUCCUCCUCCUCCAGCUUCCUCCCUGCCCGGGUACAGCGCCACCCCAGAGCGGCAAACUGUGCAGGUGAUCCAGCAGCACCGGCCCCCCAGCACCGCGGCCCAGUACCUGCAGCAGAUGUAUGCGGCCCAGCAACAGCACCUCCUGCUCCACAGCGCCGCCCUGCAGCACCAACACAUACAGAGCCUGCAGCAGGUGGGUCUGGCUACCGGCCGGCCGGGAAGUGCCCCCGCAGCGACUGUCCCCCAGCAGAGCUCCCCCCACUCCCCAGGGAUUAACUCCCCGCAGAGCAUCAGCCGCCCACAGAGCUCCACCCCUGCCCCGCCCUCAGCUAUUACCCAGCAGGCCGUGCUUCUGGGCAGCGCCACCUCCCCUGCUUUAUCUGCCAGUCAGGCCCAGAUGUAUCUCCGAGCCCAGAUGCUCAUUUUCACUCCCACAGCGACAGUGACCAGUGUGCAGUCUGAGGUUAGUGCCGGGGCCCCGCCUCCUGCCGGCAGCACUCAGGUUCCCAGUGUGGCGGUGCGAGCGCAGCACAGCGGCCUGAGCCCCCAGUCCCACUUGCCCAGUUUGGCUAGAAAGCCGGCCAGUAGCACCCUGAGCGCCCAGCCAGUGGCCAACGCCGCCCAAACCAAAGCCACCGGGCACCUUCUCCUUCCCAGCAUUCCCGGGGCCCACCUUGAGCCCCCCGACAGGAAGGGCGAGAGUCGGGCAGCUGAUGGCCGAGGGGCAACUUCAUGCCGGACUGUGGCCCCAGUCACGGCCCAUUCCAUUAUUGCUCCAGCUCACACCCACCCGCUGAUCCAGCAGAACCACAAGCAGAUCCAACAGCACCAGUUUGUCAUCCAGCCCCGCGCGGCCCUGCCCCUCCCCCAGCUGGGGGCCCCCCUGCAGCCCUUUACCCAUCAGCCCCAGCUGUGCCAGAGCCUCACCUCCCCCCCCGUCACAUCCCAGGCACAGCUGGGGCCCCCCUCGACUUGUGCCCCCCAGCUCCACUCAGCUCCCGGGGGCCCCCCCAAGAUCAGCCCCGAGGGGCAGGAACGGAGACUCCUCCCACACAGCUCCACCGUCAUCCUGCAGCUCCACAGCCCCCCCGGAACUACACCGACACCCCAGGACGUCUCCCACAAACGCACCUUUACCCCCCUGGGAAAUAGCCCCUGCCUGUUACACCUACACCCACCAACUGCCCCCCUGGCACAGGAGUCGGCACCCGGGGGGGCAUCCGUCACUGAGACGUCAGACCUCUGCCAAUGCCAACCUGAUGACCCCAGACCCCCGGCCCUGCCGGACCCCACAAUUCCCUCUGCGUUGGACAUGACCUCAGGGAACGGCUCCGCCCCCGUGCCCACGGUCGCCACUGGCAACAGCGCCCAGAAUGGUGAGAACAAACCCCCCCAAGCUGUCGUCAGACCCCAAAUCCUCACUCACGUCAUCGAAGGAUUCGUAAUCCAGGAGGGGGCGCAACCCUUCCCGGUCGGUCGCUCCUCUCUGCUCAUUGGUGCCCACGAGAGGUACCCGCAGGGUCUGUUGGCAGAGAAGGUUCCUCAGCAGGACAGUAACACCACAACCACCACUACUGACUCCGAGAUGGAGGAGACCUUUGUACCAGGCUUUCCAGAUUCUAAAGGAGAUGGGGAUCCCCCUAAACUGAAGUGUGAGCUCUGCGGUCGAGUGGACUUUGAGUACAAAUUUAAGCGCUCCAAGCGGUUCUGCUCUAUGGCAUGCGCAAAAAGGUACAACGUGGGCUGCACCAAGCGCGUGGGGCUCUUCCACCCAGACCGCAGCAAGUUACAGAAACCUACGGGGGCCAAACACGCCCGCAGGAGAGCGCAGAAGGGCCCCCUGCAGAGUGUCAGUACUGACCCCAAGAAACAGGUACCUGCAUCUGCCCCCCCUAUUGCCCCCGGGCCUGUCCCCGCCCCCUCGGCCCUAAAGCACAGUAACAGCCAAGAAGACUCCAGCCGCUGCUCGGACAAUUCCAGCUACGAGGAGCCCCUGUCCCCCCUCUCCGCAAGCUCCUCCCUCUCGCGGCCCCGACCGGAGCGCAACCUGGAAGCUCCGCCCCCCCUCCACAGCAGGGACCACAUCGCGUUGAACCAGGACUUCCUGCCCAGCAACCCGACCAAGUGGAACGUGGAGGACGUGUACGAGUUCAUCCGCUCCCUCCCAGGGUGCCAGGACAUCUCGGAAGAGUUCCGUGCCCAGGAAAUUGAUGGGCAGGCCCUGCUCCUGCUGAAGGAGGAUCAUCUCAUGAGCGCCAUGAACAUUAAGUUAGGCCCCGCCCUAAAGCUCUAUGCUAGGAUCAGCAUGCUGAAGGACUCCUAGGGGGCGGCGCCCUUCCUUGGGCCAAUGGAAAUGGGCCAGUCGGGCACCAAGCAUUAGCAAUAGACAGACGCUGGCAGAUCUGGGACAGGCUCCACCCACAGAUGCAAUACUUGUUGUGCCCCUUGGCAGGACCCGCCCACCUUCUCCUGGGACUUCUACCUUGGGAUCCUCAGGGGCGGGACCGAGCCAAUAGGAACUCUGGGAUUCGCUCCUCCCACCAAACCUCUCACUUUGUAUUUUCAAUGAAAAUGUCUUUAUUUUGAGAAAAGCUCUUUUUGCAGAAUUCCUGUCACAUUUCUAUGUGGUUCUGAUCCCGGCCCACUUGCUCCAAAAUUCAGUUUUUUUAACAGUUUGCAGAAUAAACGGAAUAAAACUUCCUGCGGUGCAUUGGUA